AUGCCCGCCAGCAUGUUCAGCAUCGACAACAUCCUGGCCGCCCGGCCGCGCUGCAAAGACUCGGUGCUGCCCGUGGCGCCCAGCGCAGCGGCUCCCGUCGUCUUCCCGGCCCUGCACGGGGACUCGCUCUACGGCGCCGGCGGCGGCGCCUCCUCGGACUAUGGCGCCUUCUAUCCGCGCCCCGUGGCCCCCGGCGGCGCAGGCCUCCCGGCCGCGGUCGGCGGCUCCCGCCUCGGCUACAACAACUACUUCUACGGGCAGUUGCACGUGCAGGCGGCGCCCGUGGGCCCGGCCUGCUGCGGGGCCGUGCCGCCCCUGGGUGCCCAGCAGUGCUCCUGCGUCCCGACGCCCCCAGGCUACGAGGGCCCCGGCUCGGUGCUGGUGUCCCCGGUGCCGCACCAGAUGCUGCCCUACAUGAACGUGGGCACGCUGUCGCGCACGGAGCUGCAGCUCCUCAACCAGCUGCACUGCCGGCGGAAGCGGCGGCACCGCACCAUCUUCACCGACGAGCAGCUCGAAGCGCUGGAGAACCUCUUCCAGGAGACCAAGUACCCAGACGUGGGUACCCGCGAGCAGCUGGCCCGGAAAGUGCACCUCCGCGAGGAGAAAGUGGAGGUCUGGUUUAAAAACCGCCGUGCCAAAUGGAGGCGGCAGAAGCGGUCCUCGUCGGAGGAGUCGGAAAACGCCGAGAAGUGGAACAAGACGUCGUCAAAGGCGUCGCCCGAGAAGAGGGAAGAGGAAGGUAAAAGCGAUUUGGACUCGGACAGCUGACGGCCUCGGGCCGGCCGUGGCUCUUGACUCACUCGAAGGACUUGCACAGACAGACGAUGCUACUUUCUUGCACACGCGCUGCCUUGCGGGAGGGGGCCGAGAAAGAGGAACGAGGAGCUGUAAAUAGUGUACAGCC